GCAACGGAUAGGUACCAACUAUAACAUUUUUAACUGUGCCACACAAGAAAGCCAACAACUAGCACCGAAUAAUACGUCAUUAGAAACACACGUGUCACAAUCUUAGCGGUGAAGGUUUCGACUCAUUUCGCUAUAAAACGACACCUUGCACCAUUCUCAAUUCAUUCACAGUUCCAUUCUCAUCGAACAAUUUCAAUUCGUUUCUCAAUUCCCAAUUUCUCAAUUCGUUUCUUCUCGACCUAACCAUCCCUCAAGAUGCAAAUCUUCGUGAAAACACUCACCGGAAAGACCAUCACCCUUGAGGUGGAGAGCUCUGACACCAUCGACAACGUCAAAGCCAAGAUCCAGGACAAGGAAGGAAUUCCUCCGGACCAGCAACGUCUCAUCUUCGCCGGAAAGCAGUUGGAAGACGGAAGGACUCUUGCUGAUUACAAUAUUCAGAAGGAGUCCACGCUUCAUCUUGUUCUCCGUCUGCGUGGAGGUAUGCAGAUCUUUGUCAAGACUCUCACAGGAAAGACCAUCACCCUUGAGGUUGAAAGCUCUGACACCAUCGACAACGUUAAAGCUAAGAUCCAGGACAAGGAAGGAAUCCCCCCAGACCAGCAGAGGUUGAUCUUUGCCGGAAAGCAGCUUGAGGACGGCCGUACUUUGGCCGAUUACAAUAUCCAGAAGGAGUCAACCCUCCACCUUGUGUUGCGUCUUCGUGGUGGUAUGCAAAUCUUUGUGAAGACCCUUACCGGAAAGACUAUUACUCUUGAGGUUGAAAGCUCUGACACCAUUGACAACGUCAAGGCCAAGAUCCAAGACAAGGAAGGAAUCCCCCCAGACCAGCAGAGGUUGAUCUUUGCCGGAAAACAGCUUGAGGAUGGCCGUACCUUGGCCGAUUACAAUAUCCAGAAGGAGUCAACCCUUCACCUUGUGCUUCGUUUGAGGGGUGGUAUGCAGAUAUUUGUCAAGACUUUGACCGGUAAGACCAUAACCUUGGAGGUGGAGAGCUCAGACACCAUUGACAAUGUCAAGGCUAAGAUCCAGGAUAAGGAAGGUAUUCCCCCAGAUCAGCAGAGGUUGAUCUUUGCAGGCAAACAAUUGGAAGAUGGAAGGACCCUUGCGGAUUACAAUAUCCAGAAGGAGUCCACUCUUCACCUUGUGCUGCGUUUGAGGGGUGGUAUGCAGAUUUUUGUCAAGACCUUGACUGGUAAGACCAUAACCUUGGAGGUGGAGAGCUCAGAUACCAUUGAUAAUGUGAAGGCCAAAAUUCAGGAUAAGGAAGGUAUCCCACCUGAUCAGCAGAGGCUGAUCUUUGCAGGGAAACAGUUGGAGGAUGGAAGGACCCUUGCUGACUACAACAUUCAGAAGGAGUCCACCCUUCACCUUGUCCUCCGUCUUCGUGGUGGUUUUUAAGCUGUGGUUGUGAACUCUGUCUGUGUUGUUGGUUGUUUUGAAAUGAAUUUGUCAACUUUGGAUGUUAAUAGGGUCUAUCAUGGCCCUUUAUAAUAAAUUUGGUCUGUUGUGAACUCUAUGGUUUUGUGAAUAAUGAAUUUAGUACUUUCCCUUUAUGGUAA